GAAUGAUUCAAUACCAAAUACUCAUUUCAGUAGUAGGUCACAGUUCACAACAUUUAUCUCCAAGAAGUUGCUAAGACCCUGAUGAAUGAUUCAAUACCAAGUACUCAUUUCAGUAGUAAGUCACAGUUCACAACAUUUAUCUCCAAGAAGAUGCAUCAGAGCAACAGUUUUCAUGGGGAAAAGAACCAGCAGCCCCAGAAGGAUGCUAGUGGAAGCAGUUUGCGCUCUGUGCACACUAAACGAAGCAACAUCAACUUGUUUUUAGUGUGUGUAUUUUUUACUUCUUCACUGAUACUGUUCCUGGAUGCAUGUCACCCCCCCUCUGAAGCCUGGGUUCUAAGUAAUCUGGAAAGAACCCGCCUCUGGGACUGGACAGCUGCUGCUAUAGUAGUGGUGUUCACUAUAUUACAGGCAGUGUUGUACUAUCUUCCCAUAGGACGGGUUGCAGAGGGCAAGAUGGGGUGUCAUGACAAACGCUUGAAGUACAGCCUGAAUGGUUUGCAUGCAUUCGUGGUGUCUGCUGUGCUGCUCAUGGGUCUGUGGCACUGUGGCAUGGUGAGAGGCAGCAGUGUGUCUAGCAGAGUGCUGCCACUGGUCAGUGCCGGACUUGCCAUGUCUACCCUGCUGAGCCUGUGGCUGUACCUCCGUCCAGGCUCGGCCCACUACUCUCAGCAGCCUUACAGUGGUAAUACAGGAAGUUUCCUGCAGGAGUUUGCAUUGGGCAAGGAAAUCGACCCUCGUGUGGGCAGAAUUGACAUGAAGCAAUUUGCUAUGGUCAGAAUUGGCUUCAUUGGCUGGGCAAUGAUGGAUUUGAGCUAUGUUCUGACAGCAAUAGAGACCAAUGGUUCCCUCUCCUUGUCUUUCCUCCUGGUGGUCACCUUCCAGUUAAUCUACAUCCUUGAUUUCCUCAUAGACGAGGACUCUGUUUUACCCACUAAAGAGUUCACUGAGGAGUCUGUUGGUUUCUUGAUGAUUCUGGGCGAAUAUAUCUGGAUACCAAUCUUCUCCAGUCUUCCCAUUUACUUCCUCCUUCAUCGGCCCAAUCACAUUGACUUCCUGUCUGCCAUACCCAUAUUGCUGCUCUUUGGAAUUGGAUUCCUCUUUUAUUACCUGUCCAAUGAACAGAAGAGUGGUUUCCGCAAGAACCCGAACAAUCCAGCAUAUGCUCAUCUGAAGGUCAUUGAGAGUCCCUCUGGAGAAAACCUGAUGGUGUCUGGAUGGUUUGGCUGGGUUCGGCACCCAAACUAUUUGGGAGAUAUACUGAUGAUGUUUGCCUGGUGCCUACCCUGUGGUUUCACUAGCCUGGUGCCAUACCUGCCUGUAAUACAGUGCAUUAACCUGCUGAGGCAGCGAGCCAAUGAAAUCGAAGCCUCGUGCCAGGAGAAGCAUGGAGAAGCCUGGCAUGAGUAUUGCCGGAGAGUUCCAUAUAAAGUGUUACCGUACAUCUACUGAUAUCCAAUUAAACAACAGAUGUCAAGACAAUUACAUUAGCUUGAGCAAUAAAGGAAAAUUAAAAAGAUGAGGUUUCUGUUGUUAGGUCUAGUCCUGUCAGGACUAUGUAGAUAUUAUUUACUAAAAUCAAGCUGCUCUUUAUGCUUUACAUAUCUCGUGUGGUCCUUGUUGACUGCACUCUCGCCAAUAGAAACUGCACAGGACAGCGCGUGAUUGCGAUAAAGUGCCACGUGUACUGUUUAACAGUAAGAGAUAAUACAAAGUGCAUUUUCCCACCGAGCACAACUUUCCAUCCGCUUCCGGUGACCUUUGCGAUAAACACCAGAUUCAAUACACCACCCAGUGUGCAAAUUAGGAAUUACAAACAAUGUAUGACUGAAAGAGACCAUAACCAGCAUAUGAAUGAGCAAGUCCGGCUGUAUAACCGCAUACAGGUAUUCACAUAUGUCUGAUAAUCACAAAUCGUAUGAAUGCCAUCAAUUUAUCCGUAAAUCAAUUUAGCAGAUUGCCAAAUAAACUGAUGAGCAAAUGA